GCGAGAUCACGUGCAUAGUGCAUAUAGUUCCGAGUCAGUGGUUCAGCAGCUUGGACCUACUUCCAAGUUGAAGUUCAGCUGACACUGCGGGGCACUAACUCGUUCUUUAAGCCCGGACUAUACACCCAUUUACAGAAGACUUACAGCUAAAUAUAAAGUACCGCGCUAGUUAUAGCGGACAAUGACGGGAAUACGUCAGGCAGCUGCCACUUGAAUCAAACGGUGAAAAGUGGAGCCGCGGGCUGGAUAACGCUUCCUCGUGCCCGCCUCUUGCGUCGGAUUUUCUGACUGGUCUUCGACUUAGACUUUAUUUCUUUGCAGCUUCCAAAGGACCCUUACCCCAUGUAAAAGGAAGGUUUAUUCUCGUUUUUUUUCAUGGCAACUGCUGCCACGCGUUGCUAAUCAAGUUUAUGUUUGAUUUUGUUUGAUUUUGCGCAGUUUAAGUCAAGUCUGUUGUUUCUUGUUUUCAAUCAUAUGCGCGAACACCAACCCACUAGGAACCUCUGCUCUUCGAUGACAAGAUUGCUUAUAGCUAUAAGGGUAGACAUUGAUAGGCAAGCUUUAUGCUGUCUACAUGGAUAUUGUCUUGAUAAAUCUCAUUGCGUCGCUCAUGUCUCAAACCGAUCAUCGUCAUGUCUGACAAGAAGCCUCCCCUAACUCCGCUUUCUCCCCCAACGAUAGCUUCUGUCCCAAAAUCUCGCGAUGAUUCUGUUGCUUCGGGCUCUUUUAUCCCUCCCGAGAUCGACAAAGACCAACUCGCUGAAGCGCUCGACAAAAUCCAUACCUCGGCAAAAGAAAGAAGCGUCCUGACCACCUUCAACGACCUUGCCCCGCCUCCCGAUAGUACUGCUGCUGCCGAAAGCAAGGGACUCGCUGGUGAUCUGGUGCAAAAUGGCUUGAGUGGACUUUAUUCUCGAAUCAAAGAGGCGGUCAGUGGGAAGGAUAAAGUGACUGCAUCUACAGUUUCGAAAGAGAAUUCCGAUCUGAAUGAUGGCGAUGCGGCAUCCAAAAAGAGCUCAAGUACUACCGCCACUGGCCCCAAGCCAUCCAACACUUUGCUGCGUGUGGAUACAGGGGCUACUACAUCAACUUUUAAUUCGAAUAUAUCCGACCCUAUGGCUUCUACCAUCGCAUCUUCAAGCGCAGCCCCAACGAGUGAAAGCCAAUCUCAGCAGCCCCAGUCCACGAUAGCUUCAUCCGUUACUAAUCUAAACACGGCCCCCAGCUCCAAGUCUGCGUCUUCGAGUCGCCAAAGUAUACCAAAUAUGACAAAACCAAGCACCACCGCUCUCCCCGCUAUCGCGCCCGUACAUGCUAGUGCUUUCAAGGCAGCGCCGCGGAUUGUAUCGGAGGAAGCCGAAGAUGCUCCGAACAAGGGGAACAAUAGGAGGAGUAUUAGCAAGCCCAAAGACGGACAGCCUGCUGGUCUGGCUUCCAAUGCAUCAUCACUCUAUGAUUCAUCGGGGAACAAACGUGGUCCAACUCUUGACAAAAUUACUAUCCCCGCCCAUUCUAGCCACUCAAGACGGGAGGAAAGAUUGAGCGCAGAUGGGAAUACAGAUUCUCCUACUAGCCCUAUAAAGAGGUCGAAUAUCACGCCGUCUGUUUCUACUGGCCCGAACUCAGCUACCUCGGAGCCUCACUUGUUAUCGAAAUCCGGCCGACUUUCUACCAAGGAUGCUCUAAGACGGCCAGCUCUUAUUGACCGAAUCAGCUAUUCUCGAAACUCAGGCGACCUUUCGAGAUCUUCAUCCCUAUCCCGAGGCACUACAGAACAUAGUCCCAUAAGUACAUCUGCCCACAAUAGUGUUCACCAUGAGUCAUUUGUGCAAGUUCCUGAACCUCAAAGGAUGAGGUCAGGUGAAUACAGAAUUCCGGGUACAACUACUGACGAGGGUGCUCCGGAGAUGGUCAAUGCAAAAUUAGCUUCUAUGCGAAAGCAAGUCCUAAGUAAAGAGUUCUGGAUGGCCGACGAGACUUGUAAGGAGUGUUUCCUGUGUGCCGCUCCAUUCACCGCCUUCCGCCGUAAGCACCACUGUAGGACUUGUGGUUGUAUUUUCGAUAGCGGUUGUACAUCUAUUAUAUCAGGUCAACGAUUUGGCGUCCAAGGCACCUUGCGUGUAUGCAAGUCCUGUCUCAGUAUCAUUCUCCAGAGACAAGACGGGGCAUUGUCUGAUGAAGACUCGGCCGAUGAUUCAUAUUUACCCGCAAUAUUUCGCCAUAAUCAAUCCAAACGUGGAUACUCUCCAUUUCCAAAAGGUGACCGGGACGAUGCUAGCUUUUCUGAGAGGACUGAAGACGCCGAUGAUGAUAACAGGUCACUAUCCGCGCCAAUGAUGGCGAUUCCUGCGGCUAGGCGUAUUGGGAGUUCCUCGAACCGCAACUCAUCCGUGCUUGAGAUUGAUGCCCCUCAGCUCAGCAGACCGAGCUCAUCCAGAUCCUUGAAGUCGAGUACUUCUAGUAGGCCCCAGUCUUCUGGUCAUCGACGCCAUCACUCGAAGCACAAUUUAUGGAAUCGCCUCAAGGCUUCUCCCGAGCAAAGGGCACCAUUCCGGAAUUCUGCAAGAGAAGAAGCAAGUAGGAGGUCUGGUUUACAUGCUUUCCACGAUGACAAUGUCAUCGACCCGGACCUAGCCCCUUUCAUGUCGGAUGAGUCUAGUGGUGAUGAACAAAUGAGCAUUGCUGGAGCGAUGGCCGGGCCUGAUCUUCGUGCGUCACCUAUGACGGAUCCUGAAAGGUCGAGUGUUGGGGCGCUCGUAAAUGCUGGAAGGAGGAUUAGGAAUAGAGCACAGACAGAGAAGAGUAUUAGUGGAAUGAGUUUUACUAGCCGUGGUCUCGACGAAUUACAUUCAAAAUCGUCCCGACGGCGAAACAUGAGUAUUGCUAGUGGGCCCCACGUCCGCUCUCCUCGGCCUAAAUCCUCAGCACUGAGAGGCCCGACCGGAUCAGCUGAGACACUCCCACUAUUUGACAACCCUGGAGGGCCCGAAUUACCACGUCUUACUCGCAGUUCAUCAAUGAAAGGAGAGAGGGAACCUCGAUUAGAACUUAACCCGGCGAGCUUAUUGCACGUCCGAAAGCUCUUGCGGCAAUUGCUCCAAGACGACGGCGUGCCAAAUGUAACAGCGUGGGAGAAAGCAUUAGUACCAGUACUUCUGAAGUGUACCUCUUCGGUAGACCCCGAUAUCGAUAGGGGAGAUGACAUUGACAUUCGACACUAUGUCAAACUGAAGAAGAUUCCUGGUGGUAGACCUAGUGAUACCUGUUAUGUCUCCGGUGUUAUAUUCACGAAAAAGCUCGCCUUAAAGAGUAUGCCGCGCCGCAUGCGGCAUCCUCGCGUUGUAAUUGUAUCUUUUCCCAUCGAAUAUCAACGGCAGCAGCAACAGUUUAUGAGCCUACAGCCGGUCAUCGAACAGGAGCGGGAAUUCUUAAGGCAACUAGCCAAUAGGAUUAUCACUCUUCGUCCUCAGUUAUUACUAGCUGAGAAGAGCGUAUCGGGCCUCGCAUUGCAAUUUUUGUCGGAAGCGGGAAUCUCCGUUGCUUACAACGUAAAACCCUCAGUGCUCUCUGCCGUUUCGAGAUGUCUGGAAACCGAAAUCAUUUCUUCCGUAGAUAUGCUGGCACUGCCUACGAAUGACUUUCAGCCUGGAAGAAGUACAGGCUACGAAGUAAAAACAUUCGUCAACGAGGACAUUCCUGGUAAGAAGAAGACAUAUAUCUUCUUAUCUAGUAAUCAGGAAGAGCUUGGAUGCACGAUUGCUCUUAGAGGGGCAUCCACGCCUAUCCUCGCGAAGCUCAAGCGUAUAACUGAGUUCAUGGUGUAUGUGGUAUAUAACCUCAAGCUCGAAUCGUGCUUGAUGCGGGAUUCGUUCAUUCAACUCCCCACCAGCGAAGACAUAUCGAGGGAUUCUACCCAACCUUCAGACGCAAAUGUAAUUUCUUUCAGCACAAAAACAUCCACUGCUAGCGACGACGGGCAGAAGAGUCUACCCACGACUCAAGAUGAAACGCCUUCGAGCCAAGAAGAUCAUUCUAGCAAGAUAGCUGAGGCGAUGCAAGGCAGCGCAAUACCGCAAGAUCAGGCUCUCUCACAGUCCAUCCAACAAAAUGACCAGUUAAUUUCGCUUCACGAAUCACACUCCCGAACGGCCCACGAUAGUAUUGUCCCGGAAGAUAUUCCCAUGCCCACGUUUUACAGCGAUAUGGUAGCCAAGUACGAGACAAAAAUCCUUUCCGCAUCCCCGUUUGUAAAGUUCGCACAACCAUAUCUGCUUAUGAAAGCUCGGGAACAGGAAAGGAAACUUUCACACUUAAAGCGCUUGCGGGACCAGGAUGUCAUCGACGAACGUAUCGAUACCGAGAAACCAAAUCUCCAGAAGUUCCAACUAAUAAAACCUCGGAUGGUACUCGAAACUGCCCACAAAGCCCCACGGCAAGUCAUAGAAAUUCUCCAUGCAGUUCAUGAUGCCGAAUAUGAUAAGGCUCUUUACAACUAUCAGACGCAGACCCGACAGUGGGAGAACUAUAUCCAAGGCAACAUCGGUCUUUUCGAACCCUAUGCGCACCAGAAUAUCGUCGUCUUGCAUUCAAUUAUUUGCACUGAAACCAAGAUUCCAUGUUUGGAGCCGACCCUAGUCGCGCUUGGCUUUUACGACGAACAUGUCGACAGGGCUAGCAGCAUGUCUCCCGAUUGCACGCUGGGCCAGUUCAUAGAAGAUCUUUGUUAUACUGUGGAUUCGACGUGCACGGCUAAUGGUUGUGACCGUAAGAUGUGCGAGCAUCAUAGAACUUACGUUCAUGGUGAAGCGCGCAUUACAAUUUUUACCGAGCAGGAUGUUAGGGGUAGACUCCGCGGUGACAAUAUUAUGAUGUGGAGCUACUGCAAGCUGUGCAAACGGGAAACAAGUGAGAUGGAGAUGUCUAAAGGAACCUGGAAAUACUCUUUCGGUAAGUAUCUCGAAUUGUCGUUUUGGAGUAGGGGCACACAUUUAGUCAAAGACGAGGAAGCCGAUGGCUGGAACUGCCCUCACGACCACCAUCGCGACCAUAUUCGCUAUUUCGGAAUGCACGACAAAAUCGUCCGUGUCCAUUACGACCCCAUUGACCUCUUGGAGAUUAUUGUUCCCCGAGCUAGGAUCACAUGGAAUGUCGAACACGAUCUCAACAUGAAGAAUGAGAUUUUUACUCAUGCGCAGGAUCGAUGGGCCCGAUUUACGGCUUCCGUAAAAGUUAGACUGAAGGCUAUCAAUACGGAUAAUAUCCUUCCUGAGAAAGCAGAACCAUGCAAGGCCGAGAUGGAACGAUUAUGGAAAAGGAUACAAGAUGACCACACCUCGCUCGUUCGAAAACUCCAGGAAAAAUAUAUGAACUCCAAAUACUAUGAGGUUAUUCCAUUCAACAUUGUUCUCCGAGAGAUGCUUGUCAAAGUAAACGAGUGGGACACCGCCUUCGCAAAAUUCGAGGUCGAUUUUCUACCUUCUGAUAAAGAUAUUCGAAAGUUAACAAUGAUUCACCUACGUAAAAUGUUCACCGAUGAAUCGAAGGAGUCUCUUUCUAGCAAUGAUAUUUCGAAUGAGACAACCGACAACACUGAAGAGAGCACACAGACAAGCGUGCCAGAGAGCGAAUCCAAACCGGAUUCUCAACAAUCAGAAGCUGUGACUGAUACAUCGCCCCUUGACACCAUCCAAGAGAAGACACCUCUAGAUGUUCCGCCCCAGGAAGAAACGUUGGAACGAGUCGAGCCGCUAGACCUUGCAACGCCGAAAUCUCCCGUGCCCGCCAGCUCUGUCCCAAAUCGGCCAGAUAGUCAUAUUGAAAUCCCCUAUGCGUCCCCUCCGGCAAAAGCAACUUCAACUCCGAUUGUAUCUCCUAAUCUCGCUGCGACGUCGACGACCACCGUGCCGCCGACGAUAUCGUUGACCGAGCAAGUUGAGCAAAUUCGCCGCCGACAGCAAUCAGUGCCUGAGAACUCUAGUGGUGUAUCUACGGUUGGUAAUGAACCAAAGACGCUCGCUAAUCAUCCAAAGACGACAACAGAACGCGGCUCUUCUCGUAGAAUGGGAAUGAGCGUGUCCCCACCCAUGGUUCGUGCGCUAUCGCAUCCGGUGAAUAGUGUGCCAACCCUACCUCGCAUGCAUUCUGGGAUCGGCGGGAAAAAGAUGUUCAGUGCCAACAAAGACAAAGAUAAAGUGUCCUCUAUCGAGGCGCCGCCAGGAAAUGAACUCCGAAAGGUUCCUACCAAUGAAUCCGCCAAGUCGGAGAAAAAGCUCUUCAGCAGUUUGCGACCUCACCGCAAGGGGAACCAAUCCUCUAUCCCACGCUUUGUUGGUAAGAAAGAUUCAAGAGUUUCCACCAUUCGAAAACAUUUCGAGCAGCUUAGCCGAGAAUUCGAAAAGGAGCGCGAGAAAGAUCGCGAAAAACGAAAACAGAGAAUGUCGCAUUCAAGACCUUUCCUUCAACAUACUACAACUAAGGCCAUAGUCGAGGUAUACGAAGAUGUAGACGAGGCCGUGCAGGAACCAAGUCCCGUCGAAGAAGAACAGCCGGUUGCGGUAGAACCAGGUGGCUCUAAAUCAAGUGAUGGCGUAGAAAACAAGGAGCAUCAAUUAGCAAGCGAACCCGGCAAAGACUCAUCUCAUGACGCACAGUCUCUCAAGGACGGCCACCGUCGCGCCGAUGGAGCUACAACUGAGGGCGAAGUAGACGAUCUAACGCAAAAUAAUAGCCUAAACGCGACAGAUGACGAACAGGGAGAGAGCGAUACCGAACACUCGUUGAUUGACGGCACCACGCUCGAAGAAAUUGCUGAGUCAUUCGACUCUAGCACAGAGAUUCCAAUGGAAUUACCGAAACAAGAUAAAAACAACUUCAUGAAAGUGCUUAAUACCUUCUGGAACGAGCGGUCAGCUAGUCAAUGGCCUCCGUUAGAAUACCCUCUCAACGCAACCGACCACAUUUUCAUUGAUUCCGAUAUCAUCGUCCGAGAAGACGAGCCAAGCUCUCUUAUUGCUUUUGCUCUCAGUUCUGAGGAUUACAAAGAAAAACUACGGAAUUCCUACCAGAAGAAGAAUGUCGAUAGUGAAGCAUCUUCGGAAGUAGGAGAUGACAUCGUAGUGUCCGACGCGUACUCGGAUAUCGGUGAGAAUAUCCUCGGCGAUCAAUUAGAAACGAAACUCGUCCACACCACGAGCCGUCAUUAUCAGUACCAAUUCACCGAAGGGACGGCGAAAAUGUCUGUCAAAAUCCUAUAUGCAGAGCAGUUUGAUGCCUUACGAAGGAAAUGUGGCGUGGCUGAUCGUAUCAUUGAAUCCCUGUCCCGAUGUCUAAAAUGGGAUUCGAAAGGUGGUAAAACAAAGUCAGUCUUUUUGAAGACGCAGGACGAUCGACUGGUAAUGAAGUCAUUGUCGCCAGUAGAACGGGAUGCUUUCCUUAAAUUUGCCCCAGCAUAUUUCAGCUUGAUGGCUGAGGCACUUUUCCACGACCUCCCAUCGGUGAUCGCCAAAAUGCUGGGGUUCUUUCAAGUUUACAUAAAGAACCCUGUUACGAGUACAGAAAUCAAACUUGACUUGCUUUUAAUGGAGAACCUAUUCUACGAUCGGGCUCCAAGCCGAAUAUUUGACCUGAAGGGUUCGAUGAGGAAUCGAAAGAUACAAUCAACAGGAGAACAAAACGAAGUCCUUCUCGACGAGAACAUGGUAGAAUAUAUCUAUGAAUCGCCACUGUUCUCGAGAGAGCACUCAAAGAAACUUUUGCGGGCAUCAGUCUGGAACGAUACACUCUUCCUCGCUCGUCAGAAUGUCAUGGAUUACUCUCUUAUGAUCGCUGUCGACGAAACUAAGAAAGAAUUAGUCGUAGGCAUUAUUGACUGCAUCCGAACAUACACUUGGGACAAGAAAUUAGAAAGUUGGAUCAAGGAUCGCGGUUUUGCAGGUGGCGGUCGCAACAAGCCAACAGUAACAAGUCCAAAGGAGUACAAGUCAAGAUUCCGGGAGGCUAUGGCAAGGUAUAUUCUCGAAGCACCGAAUUGCUGGCACCAAUUCCACGUGCCAUUGCUCGCAUCUUCGAGACCUCCACGGGGAGAAGUUCGUGUUGUACGAGAAGACGAAGCUACCACUGCAGAUGCAGGCGCGGCAUAAAUCUUACAUUACUUUUUUUUUUUUUUUUUUUCAAGGAGUACAUCAGGCAUAGCAUUAUUGUACGAGUGAUGCAUAUUGGAACUUUCGUUACGGAACGAGUUACGAGGCGUUUGGGGAGUGGUUUUAAAAUGGACGAACACAGGGCAACCUACCUUAUUAGUAUGAAGAUCUUUACGAGAGGCAUGUCGAACGAAGGAAAGCAUCAUGCAAGCUAGGAAUUUGUAAAGGCAUGGUUUGAUUUUCCAUUUCUCAUUCUUUUUAGUUACUAGUCGAUACCCCCUUUUAAUGAUGAACACGAUGAUUUUGAGCUGUA